GUCCGUCCACUCCAGAAUGGAGGCAGACUCCAAUUUUCCUUUGAAAGACAUCGCGUCGGUGGUAGAGGUUUUCAAGGUGGAACUUGCAAAAAUAGAACCGAACUUGGCCAAAUUAUCGAUUAUUUUAGGGUUCUUCGAGACCGCGUUAACCUGCAAGGGAUCCUCCAAUAGCUGUCCCAGCUUAGAUAAAGAAACCUUCGACGCACUUGGCGGUAAAUUUCAGGCCUUGGUUCAGAAAGAUUUGAAUGCCAACAGAGAACAAAAACCAGCAACGAGAGAAUUCGUUGUAGAUGUCGCAGAUCUAGUCUGGAGUUGUCUUUCAAAGUCCUAUUUCAAAGACAAGCCACACAUCCAGAAUUUAUAUAGUUUUUUGACAGGCAAGUUUCACUAUAACAUUUGUUAUAAUCUGUUACAAACCUCUUUAUGAAUGACGAUGAUACAUGGGCUGAUCACUACAAUCCGUUGUGAGCUUAAUAUAUUUAAUGUUUCAAUUCUUAGUCUCUAGUGUUUUUCAACUGUCUGUGAUUUUUUAAGCUUUUAACUUUUUGAUCAAUGAACAAUAUAAUUCUAGCUAUCCCCCGUUUAUUACUUUAAAUUAUGAGUACUAGGAUUUUUUUGGAUAUUUACAGAAUGAAACUGAAUAAUUUUUUUUAAUCGAAUCUUGAAACAUCUAAUCUUUUUAGUUGUUCUCUAUGUCGAUCUAUUUUUGUCAAAAAAUCCAUUUAUAUAUAUAUGUAUAUAUUAUUGGAGCCAAAUUGACUCUGUUUCUUUGUGUAUAGAGCAGAAACUUUGAUUCUAUUUAACCUGUUAAUUGCAACCUUUAGAAAGAUUCACCCUGUAGGAAUCGAAGCUAAUUAAUAUUCAAUUCAGGGUAUGACUCUGAUUUCACAUUGAUCACCAAACAAAAAAUUAUUCCUUGACAACAGUGUCAAUAUUCUGAGAGAAGUUGUUGAAAGUUUUGCAGAGAUCUGUGACAGAAAGAAUUAUAAGAUGGUAAUGCAUUGUUAUAAACUUUGAACAGUUGCAGUUCAUAUCUUCAAGCAAGUUGGGGCAGGGAGCAUUCAUCCAGAACCCAAAGAUAUUGGGGAGGCUGGCCUGUUAAUGGUGACGUAGUUUAUGCUAAAACUUGGGAGCUAUUGACUGAAAAACCCUAUCAAGCCACCUUAAAAUAAGGUGGGGGCCAAGGCCCCUUGUGCCCCUUUCAUAGAUCUACUAAUGGGAAACACUGGUAACUUUGUAUCUGGUUUAUUCAUGGCCAAAUAGAAUUUUCCUAUUGUUUUGAUAACUUCUUUUUCAGUAAAUAUUUGAAAAGUUAAUUUGUUGAUCGAGUAUAGACCAUUUUACACUUGUGGACUUAGUACUCUAGAACUUCGAUUGAAUGUGAGGCUGACGGUGACCUUGUUUUGAUACAAACCUCCUUUGAUUUGUUAUGGAAAUUGUCCCUGAAAAAUACUAGUUAGCAUAAGAAUAACUUGAUUUACAUAAUAAAGCAGGAAGGUUUGUACCAAAACAAGGUCACCGUCAGCCUCGCUUCCAUCCAUAACUGUAAAAUGGCCUAUUGACCAAGUGUUGAUCGAGAGUCUGUCAAUAUCUAUCGGCCAAGUGGCGUUUUCCUGUCGGUCAAGUAUUAGUUGACAGAUCGGUUGACAAUCGCCAUCACUUUUACCAAACUUGUCCCCAGUGCUUUUCCCUUUGUUACAAGGUACCUAACAGCUGACACGCAGUGGAAGAGCUACCCAUUGAAAUAAUGUCAACAAACGGUAUGUAUUAUUCAUGGAAAAUUUUUUUUUAAAAUUAUUUCUUUACAGGAAAUCGACUGGACUGUUUUGGUGUUGCCUUUGCUGUAGUUGCCAUUUGUCAGGCACUGGGUUACAAUGAUGUUCAUUUAGCACUGUCAGAAGACCAUGCCUGGGUGGUUUUUGGUGAGAGUGGCAAAGAGACAGCAGAGGUUACAUGGCAUGGUAAAGGAAAUGAAGAUAAACGUGGUCGUCCUGUGGACUUUGAUGAGAGCACUGCACACAGCUGGUUGUACCUGAGUGGUUACCCUGUAAAAUGCACAAGACACAUGGAGGUUGCAUCCAUGGUAACGUCAAUAAACCCUAACAUCAACAGCACAACGGACAGUGUGGAGUUAGCUAGUUUGCAGCAGGUAAGGUGUGAAAGAACCUGUUUUGCAGUUUCUGUAUCUUGAAAAUGUGGCCAAUAAGUUUUUCAAGUUUGUUGCUUGUAAUCCAUGUCAAUCUACAUCAUAGUAAGACACCUUUUAUCACAAUGGUCCACUAGUCAGUGGCCACAUUGCUGUUAUUCUUUUUCUUUCAAAAUAAACUUGAAAUUAAAAAACCUUCCUUAUUAAGUUUAUUUAAGUGCUAAUGUAUUUAGCAUGUACAGUGGAACCUCAAUAUAACAAACCUCUGUAUAUAACAAAGUCCUUGGUGUAACAAACGAUUUUCUUUGUCCCAAUAAUAGUAAAUAUAUGAAAAGGAACGUCAAUAUUACAAAACCUCCUUAUAGCGAACAAAUUUUGCCACAAGUCCCUUGGCCCUUUGUUAUAUCAAGGUUCCACUGCACUGACGGCGGCACAUGCCUAUAAUUAGCCCAUAUAUGAUAGUACCCUCUUGGGGGGUGGGUGGAUCCUUAACUUGAGAAAAAGGGAAGGAGUGCUUUUCUAAACUUGUGAUAACAAGGACCAAGUCUCGAAAACUUAUUUUUGACUCUUUAAUCUUCUGUUUGGUUGAAAAAUAAGAGGGAUUGGGUCCUGAGGUCUCAUAAAUUUGAGCAUUUAGUUUGUGAGUACCGUAUUUAUUCGACUAUAAGCCGAGCGAAUAGUUAGUUACGGUAAUAUUUAUUAAUUCGCGUGUGGGAAGCUUUUUGCAUAAUAAAUCACCAUUGCAUCUCUUGCAUACGCGCGUGUGUGUUAUCGUUCUAAGCCUCAUUUAUGACAAUCAAUGUGAUUUUCUUCCGAAAAUGUUUGGUUUUCGCGUAGUUAACAAUUCAGUCUUGUAAUAAUGAAUGGGUCUCAGCUUAUAGCCGGGUGUUUUUGAUUUAUUUUUGGUUUUCGUUAUGCCGAGUCUACACGUUCAAAGUUUGGGGUCUCGGCUUAUACCCGAGAUCGGCUUAUAGUCGAAUAAAUACGGUAAUAUUUAAGUAUAUGUUACAUGUAUAUUAAUUUUGUUUUAAAACGACAGCACAUAUGAUGCUUGAUUGUUUUUUAUUUAAUUAACAGCAACUUUUGUGGUUACUCUAUGAUCAAGGCCAUCUUAAGAGGUAAAUAAUAUUAUUUUUUCACAAUUUCUAACAGUAUCAAACAUAGGACUAUAUUUUGUUAGGAGUGGCGAAUGGUACCUCGAAAAACGUGGGUCUUGGAAAAUUUUGGCAGGAUCUCGGAAGCGUUUUUGAUAAGUUUUGAAGUCUUGUUUUUUCAUGGUUUGCUUUUACUUUUUUUGAGUCUCGAAACUUUUCACCAAAGAGUCUCGGGCUCGGAUUUCUAACUAGGAUCUCGGCGUCUCAGCGAGUCUCGGAUUUUACCAUUCGCCACCCCUUUUGUUAGGAAAUCAAGAGUGAACUCCAGUGUUCCAUCAAUAAUUUGCGUAGGACAUUUGUUUCGUGAUGUAUCAUGUUUCCCAUUGUCUAGAUGAACCCUUGAACAAAAUUAAAAGUGUGUCAAGCCAAAAGUGUAAAAAUUAUAAAGGACUACAAGUAAAUCAGGAGAUCUAAAAUAUUCUAGCAGGAUGCAUACAGGGUUGUCAUUGAGAGCCGGGGGCCGGGGAUUUUCCCCGGCUACUAAGAGAGUGGCCCCCGGCUACUUUUAUUGGAGAAUAGAAGAAAAAUAGAACCAAAAGAAUACUUUUAGCAGUGGUCUGAAAGUCCCUUCCAUCAAAUAAUUUACCUUCUAAGAUAAAAAGGCAUAUGUAGCACGUUUGAGAAAAAUGUACACUUCUUUGUAACUUACUGUGAUUUUGAUAAGCAUGGAUUGUUCAAACUUAAAAAAAAUAUCUUUUCCUUCCAGUACAAAUACAUGUAUGACAUAAGUUUUUUUUUCAGCACUUUAUCAGGGUCUGCAUGGUUCCUGAAAGGUGACUAGCACUAAUGCAGGAUUAAAAUUUAAAUGUACCACUUUUUGUAUUUACCUUCCUACACAUUGCUUAGAGUAACAUUUCGUGUUAUCAUUCUUUUUUUCGAAGUAAAGGCACAACGGUUUUUUGUAAGCUCAAGUUACAUGUUCUUAGACAUGAAACCUUACUUAAAAUUUAGCUUACUCCUGGGUUAAACUUAACCAUCUUUCGAGGAAUAGGCCCAGGAGGCUUAAUUAAUUUAAAUUUUGUGCAUUACUCCACUAGAUAUCCAUUGGCUCUGGGCAAUCUUGGUGACUUGGAAGAAAUAUCACCAACUCCUGGCCACCCAUCAGCAGAAGACAUCCUUAAGGAAGGCAUAAGAGUGGGCCAAUCCCUGUACAAAGAUUAUCAUGUGUACCCCUAUACGUACCUUGCUGGUUAUUAUUACAGACAGAAGCAGUAUCUGAAAGCCAUGGAUCACUGGGUCAAAGCAGCAUAUGUUGCUGGAAAGUACGUAGCGGUAACUAAGUAAGGUAAAAAAGGCAGUUAAAAAGAAACACUGCCAAUUUCCCUCCCUUGAACCAGAGAGGUGAUAUUGGAGAUCAACAUGUAUGAUUGGUCUCUCCCCACUCGCCCAUUAAUGUAAUAUUACAGCACAAAUAGGAGACCAAGACACUGGUGCCUAUUUCCUCUCUAGUACUCUUAGGCUGUGGCAUGUUUCCACCUGGUAAGCUAGGUUGAAUGGGUACUGGUCUGCUGAUGGGGGAGGAGGGGUUGAGUUUGAGCACGAGCUGGACCACAAAACCUGAGGGACUUUAAACAACUGUUUUAGUUUCAUGCUGGUUGUGAUUUAAAAGGGAGCUUGUGUCAGUUCACAUAAUUGCAUCAUUUGGGCAAUGACAUAAAGACUUUCUUAUUAGUUGCAAGAGGACAUUAAAGAACCUACAGUAGUGCAAAGAUGUCUGAAAAAAGGGGGGCAUUUUUAUAGACCACAAUGGUGUGGCCUGUCUUCUCAUGGGGUGUUUCCCAUUUUCUCAUGGGCUGUAAUUGUGGUGUGCAAGCUGAAAUUGUGGGAUGAUCGUACUUAAAUGCAAUCAUUAUGCAUGGCGACAACUUACACCAACUCCUUGUAGGUACAACUAUUCAAAAGGAGAUGAGGAGAUGUUUAAAGAAUUCUAUGAGAUAGCCAAUGACUUUAUCCCAAACAUUCUCAAGAUUACAUCUUCCAUCAAAGGUGACAGUGGUGCCAUCCUGUCUGCCAAUCUUGCUGAAGAUCCAACCUUCUUUAGUCUUGUUCUUCAGUUUUAUGAUGGCAUCUGCCUAUGGGAGGAAGGCAGCCAAACUCCUGUUAUACAUGCUGACUGGGCAAAGAAGCUCGUUCAAUCAAUUUCACGAUUUUCCCCUGCUUGUAGAUCUGCAUUGUCAUCUAUGCAUGCAGGAAAAUUACCUUCGGUUCCAGAGCCUGUGAAAAAUGAUACACCUGAAAUAAAGUCAUCCGCAGAGGAAAGCAGAUCACUGUCAUCAUCCAAUAAGAAUGAAAACAACAGCUCAGCAACAGCAAGUGUAGAAAACUCUAAAGAACCAGUGGUGUUGAGUCUUAGAAGCCAAAAAAUGAAAGGCAUGCGAGAUUUACUGACAACUAGUGGCAAAAUAAACACUAGUGCUAUCAAGCUGCAAUUAACAGCUCAGUCCCAAGUGAGUGUGCCAAAAAAUCGCAGGAGGUCGUCAUUCAAAACAGACGACUAUGUUUAUGACUUUGGUGAAGGAGCUGAGGGAGAAGAUGAAGAAGAAGAGGAGGAGGAGAAGGAGAAGAGGCCAAGGAAAGCUAUGAAAGGAGACAGGGAUUAUGUUGUAUACUGAUUUUAUUUUUAUGUUGGAAGAAGAAUACAGUCAAACCUCCAGUAACGGCCACCUCUCCACCACGUCAACCUCUCUAUAGCUACAACGGCCAUUUUUUUUUUGCGGACAGUCCAUACAUUGACUCUUGUUAUGGCCACUUUCUGCUGUCCCUAAUGUGGCUGUUGUAGAGAGGUUCAACUUUAGAAAAGUAUUAUUUAAUUUCCAGCUGUCCUGAGUUUUUCUUCGGGAUGGUGUCCUCUCACCCUACCAGCAGAGUCUUUCUUUUGCUUGCUCAAGUUUAGCAUGCUCGAGAAUUUAGGUUUCUAGGAAACUGCCUGCCUACCCCUCCCCUAACCCAACAUUUUGCCCUAAGUGAGAAGUAAGUGUUAAUGUUGACUUAAGGGAGGGGUAGGUGGGCAGUUUCCCAGAUACCUAAAUUGAUCCAAAUUCUUCUCCCAUAAAAGUUUUUGUGCAUAGAGAGGUAGACAAUAUUUUCCAUUUACUACUCUCAUAUUUUGAGGGAAAGUGGAGAAUUUAAAGUAUCAUACUUUUAUACUAGUAGUGUACAGGGGUGUAGCCAGGAUUUUUCAAAGGGGGGGUCGCAGAGGCUACUCACCGCUGCUCUCCCUCGUGUAUCGCGCUAUGAAGGCCCAUAUUAACUAAAGACAAGAGCCGUUGACGAAAAUUCUUUACAAAAAAACAAAUUUUAAAAAAGUGGGCUUUUCAACAAUGGCUUUUAUGGCCAAGAUAUUGUCAUGGCGUUUUCGCCACCUGAAUAUUGUAGGUUGUUUGCUCAAAAGAAGGCCUACCAAGGGUGGGUCACGGGCACCCCAGGACCCCCCCUAGCUACUCUCCUGGUGUACAAUUAUUACAGUCAAACCACGCUUCAUUGACACCUGCUUAANUAUCGCGCUAUGAAGGCCCAUAUUAACUAAAGACAAGAGCCGUUGACGAAAAUUCUUUACAAAAAAACAAAUUUUAAAAAAGUGGGCUUUUCAACAAUGGCUUUUAUGGCCAAGAUAUUGUCAUGGCGUUUUCGCCACCUGAAUAUUGUAGGUUGUUUGCUCAAAAGAAGGCCUACCAAGGGUGGGUCACGGGCACCCCAGGACCCCCCCUAGCUACGCUCCUGGUGUACAAUUAUUACAGUCAAACCACGCUUCAUUGACACCUGCUUAACGUGCAGAAGGUUGAAAACAAUAUUAUUGUGGUGCAGUCGCUAAAGCCACCAGUUUAUAUGUACCAGCCAUUUUAUCUGUAGAGUUUUGCUUGUUUUAUUAUCUUUUGUGGGACUUGAUGACAUACUGUUACGAGGGGAAAAAAUACACUAUUCCUUCAUUUUUAAUGAUAACUUAUCUAGAGUUUUACAUAUAAUAUAACCAAAUUAUGCAUGAUAAUCUUAAAGGCUAACAUAUUCAUGAGAACACCAAUGCAUCAACCUUUCCUGGGGGUCAAAGUGCGACUCCACAAUAAAAGUGACAGGGGUGCUCAUUGAUUUUUAGUCUCCCACCCAGACGUUCUUAGGGGUUCGUCACACCUUCCUGCCCCACGUUCGUCAGGGAGGAUAAUUUUGCGUGGCGAGCCAAAAGAACAUCUGCGUGGAAGGAUAAUAAUAUUGAUUUUUUAUUUUACCUCAUGAUCAGGUGCUAAAAUCUCAAAUGGCAGUUGUUUAAUUUCAGUGUUUUUUUUAGAGGUUUUCAGUUUAUCAUGCACAUUCUGUAACAUGUUCUGUACAGCUGCUAUCGUAUCCCAUACAAGUCCCAGAUACAGGUCUUAAAAAAAGUAUUUUCAUCAUCAUCUCAUUUGGGCCCUUAAUGUUUAAUCAAAAGAGACAUGUACCCCAUCUCAAGACAAAGUUAAAUAUAUUUAAAAAGAAAGCAAACAUACUUAUAGACCUUGCACCAACCUAAUUAGGGGCCUAACAUGCCCAGAAGUCUCACUGCCAUUUCCACUACAUAAUUUGUUAGAAAGUUCACAGUACCUUGCUGAGCGUUUAUCAGCCAUUAAAGUUGACUAUUCUAUAUUUAACCACUU